AUGACAACUUGCUCCACUAAAACUAAUACUCAUACAGCAGGUUCUCACCACUUCACUUGCAAUAUAUGUUUGGAAGUGCUGCAAGACCCCGUUCAAUGUGUCAGGAACGAACACUACUUUUGCAAGAAGUGUAUAAACAAACAUUUAACGCGAUCCCAAACCUGUCCUGUUUGCCAAGACGAACUUACUCCUGAAACACUUCGUCCUAUCUCGAGAACCGUGGCGAAUAUACUCGAGCAGUUUCAAUCACUGAAAUGCAUGUACGCCAGUCGUGGAUGUUCGAGCGCAGUAAAAUAUGAAACGUUGUUGUCUCAUCACGAAGAGUGCGGUUUUGCUCCUGUCCCGUGUUUGCACGAUGGAUGUGAAGAGACUGUCAACAGGAAAGAUCUCGUCAGCCAUCAGCAAGCCUGUGAAUUUCGAUCGGUAACUUGUGAAGAUUGUCACAAAGCGAUGAAGCAAAGAAAAUAUGGAAAACACAAUUGUGUCUUACGAAGGGAAUUAGAUAAGAAUAAACGAGAUUUGGCUGAAGUUAAGAAGAUUUUGCGAGAAAUUCAAAGAGAACAACGUCGACAAGGCGAAGAAAACCAACGAAUGGCAAAAGAAUUAAGACAGCCCCAUGCAACACAAAGACGACAAAGCCAUAACUCGAAGAAUCAAACCGGGGCAACGGAAAAACAACAACGCGAUGACUCAGCAGAACAAGCAAGUGAAUUAAAAUCGGACGCAAAGCAAACAGAACACGAUACUUCGACUACACAGAUAACAAGUCAAAUAAGACAACCGAAAGCAGCACAGAUUAUUGUAGCUGGAGGAUGCAACAAAUCAUAUGAAGUCUUCGACUGGUCCACUCAGAAAUGGACUUUGUAUGGGGACACUUUGUUUUUCAAUCAUACUGACGCAGCUCCAUUCGUUUAUGACAACAAGAUGUUGAUUUGUGGUGGAACAGACACGAACAGGGUUGGAUGUCUGGAUAUUGCCAAGGAUAGAUUUGCCAGUACCUUACCCACACAAUUACCUGGUACAGAAUGUGGCAAAGGGGUUCUCUGUGAUGAUAAAAUACUGACUUUCGGUGAAUCGGUAUCGGCUGCAUCCCUUAAACCACCAUUUAAAACCACAGUUAUUGUUCCUUAUAGUGACAACAAAAAGAUGUCCGCCUACGGAGUUGCUCGUAUCAAUGAAAACGCUGUGGUCCUUGUUGGUGGUACCACAGGUGAAAGUCCAGUUACGACGUGUGAUGUCUUACUUUAUAAUCCAACGAAGAAUGAUUUCAAAAAGCUAGCACCCUUGCCCUACAACGUUGCAGACAUGGCCGUUGUUGUGUACAAAAACAACUUUGUUAUUUUCGGAGGGAGGAGAAGUUAUUAUGUAGAUACACGUGCAUGUCGACUCUUAAAGAGUGAAAGUCUAAAUGGCGUUUUGAUGUACAAUAUCACAAAUCAACAGUGCCGCAAGUUGCCGAACAUGUUGGAAAAAAGGUGAAGUUCGUGAUUUGAUAUAUCAUUAAAAAAUGUUUACGCUUUACUAACGAUGACACAUAGAACUGAAGAAUCACUAUUCUAUUACUUCAUAUGAUCAUUUUCUUAAAAAAAAUAUGUUAGUGUUUGUGUUUUAAAAUGGUUUUUAAUCUUUAAAACGUCUGGUUAUUAUCAUUCAGUUAAACCCCCUAUCACUGGAAUAUUGCCUUUUAUUUCGUUUAAAUUACAAAUUUCAGUCCUACAUUAAGACUUUUAAGAUAAUAUCCAUUUGCCAUCCUAGGUGGUUCUGUUUAAUUCAUUUACUAAAUUUUCGACUAUUUCUGUAUUAAUUUUCCACCAUUUUUGUAUUUUUUAGAUCAAGAUGUGCUGCAGCAAUUAUGGGUGAUACGAUUGUUGUUAUGGGAGGAAUUUGUCUGAGCGCACUGUCAUUUGAGAGCAAUGUGAAUCUCAAGACAGCAGAAUAUCUGGUGUUCGGUGAAAACAGUUGGAAGAAACUUCCAGCAAUGCAUCAUGAAAGAGUUGGCGCAAGCGCGUGUGUUCAGCCGUAGAGUUAUGUACUGUAAUAUGAAUAAAUAUGGACAGCCUCGAAACCAAACAAUCCAAAAUGUAAUUGUAAGCAUUAAAGCACCUAAAAUAUACAACAACCAUUCGGGUUUAGAAAUAGAAUGCUCUCUUGAAGAUGGUUUACACUUAGUCUAUCACUAUGACUCUAUGACACACUCGAACCAAGUCACUAUCAAUCAAGGCUGAUUGGAACAAUGGAAGCAAGUUCUAUCCAAUACGAGCUUGUCAUGUACUGCAUUCAUAGACUUUACAGCCGAUAUUCAAAUAUCUUUUCCCG